AUGAUAGACAGUGACAUAGAGCUGGAGCUCGCAGCCGAGGUGCGAGCUCUGCGUGGGAAGCUCCGCGCUCGAGAUGAGGAAGUCAUUGCACUGCAGGAUCAGGUGACAGCCGUGACGACGCAGCUCCACGAGACGUCAGAAGAGCUGGUGUGCCGCAUGACCUUCGUGGCGGACGCUAUGACACAAAUCGAAACCCUCGAGGCACAGGUCGCCGAAGCCAAGCGCAGCAUGUUGACCCGAGAAAUGCAGCGACACGAAGGCGAACAGCGUGAAAAAGCGCUUGAAGCCGCGUUGCAAGGUAAAGAAAAACAGUGUGAGCAUUGGGAGAGCGAAUUUCACCGCGUCGACCGCGAGCUUUCAGUGCAAAAAGCUACAGAACGAGAACUCAACAUCAAGCUUGAGGAGAAAACCGACGAAGUGUGUGCCUGGAAGGCCAAGCUUCAAGCUGUCGCAACGUCAGUUGACGAACUCAAGCUGCAAAACGCAAACUUUCGCCAGAAGGAGCGCGAACUGGUGUCCACUCUACGUCAGAACGUCGAGGCGGCGGAGGCGACUCAGCGGUCGUGGAAAACCCGGUUAGCGAAACGGGAGCUGAAGAUUGAGGCACUUCGAAGACAGUGCCAAGAUCGUCAGGAUGAGCUGGAGCGUGUCGAGCGUGAGCGUAUACAAGAGAAUGAGGAACGUGAGCAGGAUAAACUUGACGUAACAGAACAGCAACUCGACAAACAAAAGACCUUGGUAGCGCUGAGAGAGAAAGUGAGAAAACUGACUGCGGUCGCAGAGAAGGCUCAAGUAAAGGAAAAACUUUUCCGGAAGGAAAUCUUCCGGUUACGUGAAGAACUUUUACUAAGUGAAUCACAGCGCGAGACGGAGCAUCGACGACAAGAGCAGCUUGUUGAGGGCAAAGAGAAAGAGGUGGCUUUUAUUUGGCAAAAGUAUGUCGACCUCAUGCCCCUUGCAGACGAUGAUAGCUAA